AUGUACGUCAUUUUUUUUACAGUUGGGGUUUUCUACGUAUUCUUAUUUUCCGCGUGUGUUCGUGUAAAGGCAGUUCAGGAAGAAGAAAUCCCCCAAGACAAAUCAACGAUACAACCCACCGAGAAAAUUGAAUCAACCGAGAGUCAAGAUGAUUAUUCGAUAAAUGUAGAGGAGAAAUUAAAUGCCGACGAAUUAUAUCGCGCUGCC